AUGUGGGUACUAGCGCAAAAGAAACGGCCUUUCCUGGCUGCCGAGCUGGGGCAGGAGGGCCCGCUGGACGUGCGGGGGGAGCUUUUUGCCAGAGGCUCCGGCGGGGGCGUGGAGGGGAGCAACGAGCGGGCCGCUGUUCGGAGAGGUGGGGCGACCCCCGGCCGUGUGGCUGAGAGAGCUCUGCUAAGCGAGCGCUAUGGGCCCGUCUACACCCUCCACCUGGGCCCCCAGCGGGUGGUGGUGCUGUGCGGCUACCAGGCGGUGAAGGAGGCCCUGGUGGACCAGGCCGAGGUGUUCAGCGGGCGCGGGGAUCUGCCUGUGGUCUUCCGCUUCACCCAAGGAAACGCCGCGCCCUUCGACCCCACCUUCCUCAUCAGCCGGGCCGUCUCCAACGUCAUCUGCUCCAUCGUCUUCGGGGACCGCUUCGACUACCAGGACGGGAGCUUCCUCACCUUGGUCGGCCUCAUCAACCAGAACUUCCAGCUGCUCAGCUCCCCGUGGGGGCAGAUGUACAACAUCUUCCCUGGCCCCAUGUCCUGCCUGCCGGGGCCUCACAACAGGAUCUUCGAGAACUUCGAGCAGCUGCGGCAAUUUGUGCUGGAGCGGGUGAAGAUGCACCAGGAAUCCUUUGACCCCAACUGCCCCCGUGACUUCAUCGACUGCUUCCUCCUCAAGAUGGAGCAGGAAAACCAGGACCCGCUGAGCUACUUCCACACGGAGACCCUGGUGAUGACCACACACAACCUGUUCUUCGCGGGCACGGAGACCGUCAGCACCACCCUGCGCUACGGCUUCCUCCUUCUCAUGAAGUACCCGGAGAUCCAGGCCAAAGUCCACGCUGAGAUCGACCAGGUGAUCGGGCGGCACCGCAGCCCGUCGGUAGAGGACCGGAGCCGCAUGCCCUACACCGACGCCGUGAUCCACGAGGUGCAGCGCUUUGGCGACGUGAUCCCCAUGGGGCUCCCGCACGCGGUGACCCGGGACACCCACUUCAGGGGUUUCCUGCUUCCAGAGGGCACCAACGUGCUCCCGCUGCUGUUCUCUGUCCACAACGACCCCGCCCAGUUCAAAGACCCGGCCACAUUCGACCCGACCCAUUUCCUGGACCCAAGCGGAGGCUUCCGGAAGCAUGAUGCCUUCAUGGCCUUCUCCGCAGGCGGCUGGGCCUCACUGCGGACGCUCGGGGAGCUGGUGUCGCUCCCGGACGAGCGGACAAAUCUCAGCCCGGGAGUCUAG